AUUUACCUCUAACAAGGCAAGGGACCACUUCAACCAUCAAGCACCAUGAAAACUUUCGGUAUUGCGUUUCUUUCCGCGGCUCUUCUGGUCGGAGCUGUCCUAGCACAAGACAACGACGAGGCUUCGGGCAGCCCACUCUGUGUGGACGGCUGCAGCGUGUUCUGCGAGACCAUUGGCUCUUUAUGCGUGGAUAUUCCUCCCCUGGUCAACUGUGCUUCCAUCAAGGCCACCUGUAACGGUGUCUGCGGGCUGACCUGUGAUUGCAACACCAAGUGCCUCGCCGGCUGUCAAAGUAUGAGCGCCGAGUGCGAGGCCAAAGACGAAAACGGCCUCAGCCAGAUCGUUUGCAAGGGUAAAGAGGCUGCCUGCACAUCAGCCUGUCCUGCCACCUGUGCUGGUCAAGUCAUCACCCAGGGCAUCAAGCAAGCUUUGGGUCAAGUCUUUGCCAGUAUGACCAAGCCGGCCGUAACAAAAGCCCCAUAAACAACACAAGUCAAGCAGAGCCCCGGACAAAGACAUGGACACGGGCCCCAGACAUUAAAUUGAUUGGUCACAACUUACUUGUAAUGUCAGUUGAAAUCCAGAAUGAAAUCGAAUGCAAAAAAAA